AUGAAGAAGAAUUGGAAGAAGAAAAGUUUUCUCAACACGAGGGAAAAGGUCCCUUCGAAAUUGCAUUAUUGUAAGGGGAUUUUGAGUAUUUAUCUAAAGGAAGGAACAAAUGAGGAUAAGAGAAAAUUGCUUCUAAUUUGUCCAAGUGGGAUAUAUGGCGUAAUAUUCUUCCAUUUUCAUCCGAAAGACUUUUUUCUAUUUCUCUAUUCCACUCCAUCUAGAUCUAAGAAAGAACUCAAUGCAAUGAAAUUCUACUAG